GUUUUGACUACCAUGACCGACAACGCGGUUUCGCCUGAACUCAUGGACGUCUUCUACCGUCGUCUAUUUCCCUACAAAUCUAUCUUCCACUGGCUGAAUCACGCCCCUACUCCCGAGGACUACUUCACCAAACGAGAAAUUGCUUUCAAUCUUCCCAACGAUGUCAUGUUGCGAUACCGGUCCUACCUCGAUGUGGACGAGUUCAAGAACGAAGUAUGCAAACUCGCCCCCACGCGUUUUGAGAUUGGUCCAGUAUACACAUCUCGUCCUCGCGACAAAAAGACAGCGCGACAAGGCACAUUCAACCCUGUUGCCCGCGAGCUUGUUUUCGAUAUAGAUAUGACCGAUUACGAUCCUAUCCGAACAUGCUGCUCAUCAGCGGAAAUAUGCAAACGCUGUUGGGCCUUUAUUGCCGCUGCCGUACGCAUUCUGGACGAGGCCAUCCGAGACCAAUUUGGCUACGAACACCUGCUAUGGGUCUACUCCGGUCGCCGAGGAAUACAUUUGUGGAUCUCAGACCCAGAGGCAAUGGUGCUAACCGACGAGCAACGCAAAGCGAUCGUCAACUGGCUCUCAGUAGUGCAAAAGGACGAAAGCAAGCGACCGAAUAUCCGCUUUGGCUCCCGUCCACUGCCUGCAUCUUUGAAACCUGCACUUGACCACCUUGCCUACGUUUUUGCCGACCUUAUUCUGGUGGACCAAGAUUGCUUCCUUUCAGAAAAGGGCUCUGAAGCGCUUCUGCGGCUAAUACCGGACACGCGCAUCGUCGAGACUCUGCGGAACGACUGGGCAGGCGAGUCCUCGGGCUCUGCAGCAAAGUGGCAAGCCUUCAAAGCCCAAAUCAAGACCUACAAGAAGGAUUCGUCAGCACGUGCGCAAUUAAUUGCUGCGAUGGAAGACAUCAUUCUCCAAUACACGUACCCACGGCUCGAUGAGAACGUGUCGAAGAAACGAAACCAUUUGCUCAAAGCGCCUUUCUGUGUCCAUCCAAAGACUGGUCGUAUAUGUGUCCCAGUCGACCCCAAGACUAUCAAAACAUUCGAUCCUGAAUCUGUCCCUACCGUCGCCCAAUUAAUUGCAGAGCUCGACAAUGACACCGACUCACAGCACCAUUCAGACUGGGAGCGAACUUCAUUGAAACCCUACGUUGAAAUGCUCGAUAAGCACAACCAACGAAUUAUGGAUCAUGAGCGGAAAAUUCGUCGUGGGGCAGAAGAUAUGACUUGGUGA